GAGGCAGAGGCCGGCGGGACCCCGUGCCCGUCUGCCUCCUCGCUGCUGACGGUGUGGUCUCUCCGUCCAGCUCUGCAGGAGAAUUUGGACAGGAAACUGUUUGGGCAGCACCUGGUGAACAAGGUGAUUGUAAAAGCCGUGAAGGGCUUCUUGAACAACGCCAACGCCAAAAAGCCUCUUGCCCUUUCCUUGCACGGGUGGACUGGAACUGGCAAAAACUUUGUCAGUAAGUUAGUCGCAGAAAGCAUUUAUAAAAGAGGUCUGCAGAGUGAAUAUGUCCAUCAGUUCGUGGCAACUUUACACUUUCCUCACGCUCACGACAUCGAUCUCUACAAGGACCAGUUGCAGUCGUGGAUUCGGGGAAAUGUGAGCAUCUGUCCCAGAUCACUCUUCAUAUUUGAUGAAAUGGAUAAAAUGCAUGCCGGACUCAUUGACUCCAUCAAGCCAUUCCUGGACUACUAUGAGCUUCUGGAUGGAGUGUCUUACCGACAAGCCAUCUUCAUAUUCCUCAGCAAUGCAGGAGCUGAAAAGAUAACAGAGGUGGCACUAGAUUUCUGGAGAAGUGGGAGGACGAGGGAAGAUAUACAGCUCACAGAUAUCCAAAAUUCACUGUCUGUGUCCGUCUUCAAUAACAAAAAUAGUGGAUUUUGGCACAGCACCUUGAUUGAUAGAAAUCUCAUUGACUACUUUGUUCCCUUCCUGCCUCUGGAAUACAAACAUGUGAAAAUGUGUGUCAGGGUUGAGAUUGAAUCACGUGGCUAUGCUGUGGAUGAAGACAUUUUAACCAGAAUAGCUGACGAGAUGACCUACUUCCCCAGAGAGGAGAGAAUUUAUUCAGAUAAAGGAUGUAAAACUGUGGAUGCAAAGCUGGAUUAUUACUAUGACUUCUAAUGCUUUAUUGCUACAACCUGCAAAGAAGCAAAUUUAACUUAAUCACGAAGUGGAGAACCCGAGACAUUUCAUUUUUAAGCACUUUUUAAGGAAAGGACAUUAUUUUUUAACUGGUGUGUAAAUAAGCGGCAGUGCCUCUGCAUUUUUGUUCUGUCACUAGUCAUGGCUCCCAAGUACUUCGGCCUUGUGUUGCCAAGGUAAGAACGAACUGUGUUGUGAAUGCGGAGGUCUGUGUCUGACAGUGCCGAAGACUCCUCUC